AUGGCAUCCCGCGCCAAGCCCGCUGCGGCGGCUGCAGUCAAGAAGCCGCCGGUGGCUCCCAAGAAGAUCAUUGACAGCAUCAAAGAGGCCACGGGAGCCCAGGAAGAGGAGAUUUCGGCCAUGCUGGCAGAGUGCAACUACGACGUCAACGAGGCCACCAGCAGACUCAUCGACAAUCCCUUCCAGCAGGUCAAGUCGAGGGUUGAGAAGCGCAAAGAGAAGGAGGCGCGCGAGGUCAAGGACAGGCAGACGGAGUCGCGGCAGCGGGCCCAGUCUGGCGGCUUCAGCGGCUCCGGCGGCUUCAGCGGGCGUGGCGGCAGGGGCACCGGCGGCAGGGCCUUUGGAGGCGGCCGCGGCCGCGGAAGCUACCCGCCCCGCACCUCCCCAGACAGCGCUGCCGCCGACAGCUUUGCGGCGCCCGCCGAGGAGGAGGUGCCCUUCAGCUCUGCGCCCGCAGCAGCCGAGCCCGCGGCGCCGCCCGCGCCCACACCCACCUACUCCAAGGCGCCAGGCGAUGUGGGGGCGCCCGCUGCGCCCGGCGCGCCCGCCGCACCCGCCGGCCGCACCAUGGCUGAUGUGCUGAGGGCAAAGGCGGCGGCGCCGGCGGCGGCGCCCGCGCCCGCCCCCGCAGCAGUCGCGCCCGCAGCCGCCGCGCCCGCAGCAGCCGCAGCCGCCGCGCCGGCGGCGGCCGCGCCCGCGGCGCCCUCCCCUACCCCUCCGGCCGCGGAGCCGCCCGCGAGCAACCUGGCAGCAGCGGCCGGCGCCCCCGACGCCAGCACCACCCAGAUCAGCAGCAGCCUGGGCCUGGGAGCGGUGGGGCAGCGCUACCAGCCAGCCGCCGCGGCCGUCGCGGAGGCGGCGCCCGCAGCCCCCGCGCCCGCCAUGCCCGCCGCCUCGGCGUGGGGCAAGCCCGCGGCGGCGCCCGCCGCCCCCGCAGGCGCGGCCGCCUCUGCCGGCCUCAACCUCAUGUCUGCACUGGCUGCCGCCCCGGCGGCUCAGGCCCCGCCUGCCUCCGCGGCGCAGCCCGAGGAGGCUGCCCCCGCCUCUGUGCUGAUGCCGCCUGCGCCGGCGCAGCCCGUGGCCGCCUCUGCUGCCGCCCCGUCUGUGGACGGCACCAUGCUCCAGUUUGGCCAGCUCAACUUUGGCACCGCCACGGGAGACUACGGCACCGGCUUUGCCUCCUUUGACGCCGCCGCGGCCGCCAAGCCCGCGGAGCAGGCCGCCGCCCCCACCAGCGCGCAGCAGAAGGCUGCCGAGGCGGCCUUCCAGGGCUACCAGGCGCAGGCGCAGGCCUCCGCCGCGGCGCCCGCCGCCGCCAAGCCCUCCGCCGACUCCGCCGCGCAGGCCGCCGCCCAGCAGUAUGCGGGCUACGCCGCGCAGCACGCCGCGCAGCACGCCGCGCAGCAGCAGGCCGCCUACGGCGCCUAUGGCGCCUACGCCCAGCCCGGCGCCGCCGCGGCCGCCAAGCCGCAGCAGGCGGCGCAGCAGGCGCAGCAGCAGCAGGCGGGCCAGGCGCAGCAGGCCGCCGCCAGCCAGCAGUACGACGCCGCCGGCUACUAUGCCGCGCAGCAGCAGGCGCAGCAGGCGCAGCAGGCGCAGCAGGCGCAGCAGGCGCAGGGGUACAGCCAGCAGGGCGGGCGCCAGGACCGCAAGCAAGCCUGGGCCAGAUGCCAUACGGCGGCAUGA